GGCGGCGGGGAUGGAGGGCGGCGAUGCGGGCGGCGGGGGCCUCCUGCAGCAGAUCCUCAGCCUGCGCCUCGUGCCCCGCGUCGGCAACGGCACCACCACCUACUCCAGCCCGCUCUCCACCUUCCCAGAGAUGUGGUACGGCGUCUUCCUGUGGGCCCUCGUCUCCUCCCUGGCCUUCCACGUCCCCGCCGCUCUGCUGGCGCUGUUCACGCUGCGGCACCACAAGUACGGCCGGUUCAUGUCCGUGAGCGUCCUGCUGAUGGGCAUCGUGGGACCCAUCACGGCCGGCACCCUCACAAGCGCUGCCUUUGCUGGAGUUUACAGAGCUGCGGGGAAAAAGAUGAUCCCCUUCGAGGCCCUCAUUUUCGGCGUGGGGCAGACCUUCUGCGUGGUGGUGGUGUCGUUCCUGCGCGUCCUGGCCACGCUGUAGCUCCCCCUGGGGCGGCUGCAGGGCACGAACCCGAGCGGGGGGAAGGACCCGGCGCCUGCUCCGCCUCUGGAACAAAUCCCAGAUCACAGCUCGGGGCUCGUGCCUCCUCCGCUGGUUUAAGGAAUUGGGAAGGCCUGCUCCUGCCUCUGGUGUGGCUCGGAACUAAGCUGAAAACUGUGAAUUUCGUUACUUUUUGGUAACAUUAAGUGCCAAGUGAGAUUUAUUUCCCUGGAGGAUGGGAAGGUGGCUGCUGGAGGGGGAGGCCCACAGACCUUUCAGCAGUGAUGAGUUGUAGCCCCGGGACAGAGCUGAGAGGUGACACUGCCUGUGCUGGGGGGAGCAGCACCACAGGGUGUGCCCAGGGCUCGCUCAGUGCUCUGAGCUGCUGUUGCUUUGAUCUCAGUGAAACUGAAGCUCUUUUAAUGUGAAUUUGCUUUAGAUUAAAAAAUCAAUUUGUUUUCCUUCCCGACUCCUCCGUGCCAGGUGGCAGUGUUAGUGGACUGGGGGAGCAGCUCCAGGGUUGAAUCCUGGGGAUGUGGGAUGGUGUGGGCAGCCCCAGGCUCUGCUGUGCUCCGGGUCUGUUCCCAGCCUGGUGGGACUCGCUUCCCUUCGGUGUCUUUGCUGAGCUCCUUUGGUCUCCAGACCAGCCCCUCUGUACCUGCAGCUCUCCCCCGACCCUCUGUGUGAAACAACUGGAUGUGUGCUCUGUUGCUGGCAAGAGGUGUUCUGCAGGAGCUCCUUGCUGAGACUCAGUUUUAGCCCAGUUCAGGGUGUAAAGCUGUGCAUUUUAGGAAGGAGUUCAGUGUGAAUCCCUCUCCCUGGGGGUGUGAGGUCCCAGUGGUGUUAACAUUGAAGCCUGGCUCUGUGGAGUGCCCUGUGUGCUGUUUGCAGAGCCAGCACAGCCCUGGGGGGAGCUUGGGCCUCCCCUGCCCUCUCUGGGGACAAAAGCAAUGACAAAGCAGGAGUAGGGAUCUCUCUACUGUCCUUCCCCCUUCCAGCUUCUCAGCACGUGUCUGGAGUGCCUGGUUUAAUUCACAGGAACCACCCUGAGCCUUCCUGGGUGGACUGAAAGUCUCUCAUGGGGCUGGGAUUGGGUGGGUCUGGCCUUACCUUUCAGGUGAUGCCAGAAAUGCAGAGUCCAGGCACUCGCUGUGCUCCCCUUUCCCCCGCCCCAGUGCCUGGCAUCCCUCAGUAGCCACUAAGCUGAUUGCAACUGGGAAAGCACUUUAUCCACGUGCCCUGUGCUCCAGCACGAGGAGGGUUCCUGUGCAGGAAGGGGGCUGAGGAAUGCAGGGCACAGAUGGGGCUGCUGCAGAGCUCAGAACAGCGCUCAGGAAAAUCACUCAGUGCUGGGCAAACUGAAAACUCCCUUUCUCUACCCAUUCAGGCCUCCCAAACUCUUGCUUUGAGGUGGUUCUGGAGAACUGGAACUUGGAGAACUGGCAGUUUGACUACUGUUUGGAUGUGGUUUGAGUUGGUGGUGCCUCUCUGCGCCCACACACUGAGAAAUUUUUAAGGAAUUCUCACACAGAAGGUGAACAAUCAGUUUCUGAUUUGUCUUGACAGGUGUUAGCGCUGAGGGCAAGUUCUUUGUGUCAUCUUGGUGCUUGCAGAGCAUCCUCCCCUCCCCUGGCUGCCUCCCCACCCUCCUCUCCAGUAAAACCAGACCCAAAUGGGAAGCAGGAACAGCCUUGGUUGGUCAUUGAAGGCAGUUUCCUCCCCUCUCACCACUUUGGCCUUCCCUUUCCACUCCUUUAUCCCUGGGGAGGCGUGUGGAGGAAUCCCAUUUCCAGCAGGCAUUGGCAGACUUUGCUCAGUCAAACUUGCCAAAAGCUGCAAAGAGCCUGUGAAAAUGUCAAUGCUGAGGUGUCCCGGGCUGGGCAGCUGGGAGGCCCUGCCAGAGAGCCCAGCCAGGCAUCGCUCAAGGAAACACCUUCCAGAGAAGCUGCCUGUCCUGGAGGAGCCCUUGGCUCGUGUGGGAGCUCAUGGCCCUGCUCUCUGUGCAGCAUCCCCCCUGCUCCCACCCGGCCUCCUCUCCUGCUCACGGCCGUGGCUGUCAUGAACAAAUCUUUGUAUGAUCGAAAAUUCUGUAAAUUUUAUUUUUCUACUGACACUUCUAAUCCUGGUGGUGAUUAUCAGUAAAUUCUGUACCUGUUGAA